CCCCGCCCCCACCGUCGCUGCCACCAGGCUCUCGAGGGGAGGCGCGGCCCGAGCCGUUCCCGGACAGGCGGGGGGGCGCUGGGCCACCGCGUCUGGUCUGAGCACCGCGACGCUGCUGCCCCGAAGUCCUCCCGGAUCUUGAGGCGUAUGGAAUCUCAAGGUCUUUGUGAUAAUGGAAACCAAAAAAUUGAUUGGUAAACCACUUCAACCAGCAAGACCUGUUCGUCAUCUGACUUCUCCCCCUGGAGCAGUAUUCCCAUUUAACUUUCAGAAUGAAUAUACAUGCAACACUCAGUGCUUACAAAGUGGAGUUAGCAGAUGUAAAACGAAUGGAAUGCAAGCCUUUUCUCAAGGUCUUAAUGAACAACAACAUCAGUCUUCAGUUAAAAAAGAGAGAAUCAAAUACAGCAGAGAUUUCCUAUUGAAGCUCUCAAGUGUUUCUAUCUGCAGAAAAAAACCAGACUUUCUACCUGAUCAUCCCAUUGUACUUCAAAAACCAGAAAACAACCAAAGCUUUAAGUAGCACUUUAAGAACAUAUAUAUUUGAAGAUAAAGAAUUAUUCAUAUUUUGGACACCUGCAAAUGAAGUGGAUCUAGCAACAAUAACUAUAAUGGACUGUGACAAUUCAAUGUAUUUUUAAUUUUGAUGGCUGGGAAUUUGGUUUCUCCUAAAAUGAGAAAGAGAUACUUUAAACUAUAAAGAAUUUUCUAAUCAGUUUCAGCUUUACAGGCAGUUUCCUGCAUAAAUUGAGACAUUAAUUUGGUUAGUGAAAUGGGAAGACUGUAUUUAUAAUUUGCAUGCUACUUGCAAAUUUUUCAUCACUUGUAAUAAUGGAAUGUAAGCUGUAAAGAUGCUCAAAUAUAAAGUAUUUGCUACAGUGUAUAUAUGAUACAUAAUUUCUUGUGUCUUUUAAAGUUGCUUUUGUUGUUUCCCACUGAUUUCAUACCAGCAUUUGAAAAGAACUUUCCUAUCUCUCUAGAGGCUCAGAAUAAUUCAGGAUGUUCAAUACUUAGUUCUCAAUAAGAGGGAGAACAUUUUUAAAAAGGUAUUUCUUUUCAAAUAUAUGAUCUAUCUCUAGGUUUGUGAUAAUACCAACAUUGUCAAAGAUUGUUUUAUUGCCAAAAGAGGAAAAAUUUGGGCAUUUAUAAAUAAUUGAGGUACAUUAAGUUUUAAUUCUCUAAUUUCUUAUAACAAGAAUAUAUAUGGAUGAAGAAUUUGGGAGUUUAAACUUUUAGCUCCCAGAAAUUUUUAUUCAAUAUAUCUCCUGCAGUUUGUCACUCUGGAUGUUACUCGUUAAAAAAAUAAAAGUUUCUUCCAGCACAGUGCCAGAAAUUUUGCUGAUAGAAAGGUAAGUGUAAACUCUCAGUAGUUCUGUUCUUUCAGGUUUUCUCAGAUCUCAGGUCUACUGGCAAGGCAUUCAAGGGCAUCAUUUGGCAGAAAGUUUACCUUAAACUGAAUUCUGAACUCCUAAAACCAGUACCUUUUUCUUCACUGGUCUCGGGGCUUGUUAUCCAGAUCAAAAUUUAGUCCAUGGCAGGUUACCCCUCUUGGUCUUUAGUAUACUACUUUUGAUUGCUUUGUUCCCUAGAAAAAGAUUUCUUUUUAAAUAGGGGAUAGAAAAGCUUCAUUAGCAAUAAAUCUAUUGGUUAUUUUAAGAUUACUUUAUACCUACAGUGUAGUUUUUUUCAUUUGUUUUUGCCCUAUUUCCCUUUAUAUUAUAGGCGCCAUUAUUUAUAUGUGUAUGAAUAUAAACACACUCUCAUAUACAUACAUAAACUACAUGUAUAAUUUAUGUAAGAGCUGGGGUCAUCUCAAAAAAUAUAAUAAAAAAAGAGCUGUGUUCAGAAUUACCAUAUAAUUAAAUUGGUUUGCUUUAUUAUUUGCCUAUUCUCAAAGUCUUUUUUUAACUUUAGUUUAAAGAUGAUAGAAUCUAUUCCAAUUGAUUGUAUCUAAAGAGAAUCAAAAGAGCCUUUCAACUUAGCACUGUUACUGAGGACAGAAACUUUAAAGUCAUACUAACCUUCUACUUUGGAAACUGCCUCGUAUCCAAAAGACCUGUUGUACUUUCUAAAUAUGAUACUGAAUUGGACUGGUCAGAACAAUGUAUUGAUUGGCUAUAAUUGUAUUUUUGAAGCCAUUGUUUUCAGGAAGAGUUUGUACAUCAAAAGUCUCCAAGGUUUCAAAGUCUUUUGAUCCUUUCUUACUAUAUAUAAUCAGAGUGAGACUGAAAAGACUAUUUUAUUAUCUGUUUGCCUUUGUACAUAUGUAUAGCUUGUUUGAAUAAUCAUUGUACAUCUCCAUUAAUGUUAUUCUUUGCUUGUAUAUAAAUUAAAGAGUAGAGAUAGAUGUUAUUUCAUUGUGUUCAUCAUCUGUAGAAGUGACCAUACACACAUUUUAUGUAUAUAUACACACAAAUAUAUGUGCAUAUGUCAAAAUUUACUACCUAGGUUUAGUAGAAGCUAUUAAAAUUAAUUUACUUUUAUUUAAAUUGAAUGAGGACUAAGUGUAUAUAAAGAUAUUGUUAAAAAGUUAAUAUUCCAUAAAUUAGUUUGAGAAAAUAUUUUAGGUCACUUUUAUAUUUAAAAAAUAAAAUUUUAGUUCAA